AUGAUAUCCGGAUUCAACGAAUGGGCAGCAUCAGCCCAACUGGGCCAUACCGAUUCAUUUGCAGAGCUGAACGAACGUCGUCUCGGAAUUGAAGCCGAAGAUUUCAUUGCCAACAUACUCACAACUUCUCCCACAAAAGAACCCCUACUUCCAGCUCUUGGCGGUCUUCCUUUUGCUCUCGAAGAGACUAUCACAAAUCACGUUGGCGUUCUCAGGAGCUAUGGUUGCCAACCUUACUUCAUCUUUAACGGAGUGACUUCAAAUGGCCAGGAAGAGAGACUUCAGGCUGCAACUCGUGCCACCAAGAGCAUCGCAAAUGCUUGGGAGUUGUACGGUGCAUCCGAACCUGAACGUGCCGUUGCUGAGUUCGGUACUUUGUCCGGUACUAUUAACGUCGACAACAUCUACCGUUUCGUUCAAAAUAUCUUGCGCAAGCACGAUGUAGAUUUUCUCGUUGCGCCGCAUAGCGCAUGUGCUCAGCUUGCCUCGAUCGCUGGAACCGAGUUUUGCGAUGCCGUGGCAGGAUCCAGCGACAUUCUUAUGUAUGAGAUCGAUCAGCUUAUCACCAAACUUGACUUCGAGCAGGCUCAAUUCUCGUGGGUGACUCGUCGCGAAUGCAUGGAGGCUCUUGGCGCUCCUUCCACAGCCAUGUUUGUCGAUGCUUGUCUCCUUUCUGGCUGCUCGAUCCUACCCACUCUUCCUCAGUUGGAGAAUGAUAUGACUGCGUCUCCCAGGACUCCAAAGAUCAGAGCUGCCGCUGAUCUUCUCAAGAGAAGCCAAACUAACGGUAACGCUCUCUGUCUACAAUAUCAGGACGACCCGGCUAUGAUUGCUUUGAACUACCUAGACCGCUAUCGCAAGGCAAGCCUGUACAUCAAGCAUUACGUUUGCAUUCGACCCAACGGCAAGAUUGAAUCGGUUGAUGGAGCUUCAGCACCUAGCGACCUAAACAACAUCAUGGGUCACCGCCUGCCAGAGGAGGCAUUUGGUUAUCUUUCGCAUGGCAUCAUCAGUCCUGAAGUGCUCAGCUGGAUAGCGUCCAACGAGAUCAUCGAGCGCCCACCCCUUGAUGGAGGCGAAGCUGAUGCCUACCGUCGUCUGGUAUCUGACGGACUUACUCCUCUGCGGACAUCUGCUCUAUCACUCCUCACAGCUAUAUACCUGAGAUGCUGGUUCGACCCUAACACACCAAAGACCUUGAACGUUGCAGAUACUACAGACCCCAGGACGACGAUUGCUGGAUGGAACGUUCGACUCGAACAGAUCACAGCAAAGGCAACCAAACUUGAACGUGAUGUUUCUUCUCUGGCCUUUGCAGUAAGCAGCUUGCAAGACGCCGACUUUGCCAAAACUACUGUCACACCGAAGUCCAAUGGACAGAAGCCGCUCAGCUCUACAGAAGAGCUGCGUGGCUACAUUCAGCAAGAUCAUCAACUCAGUACCCUUGGCCAAUGCCUGCAAACCGCUUUCUCCCGCCACAACCAACAGGACUUGGAAGAGCCGACACUUCUUGCUUUCGAAAUGUUGCGCCUGAACCUGCUCAACUCGAACAACAUGUUCCCCUACAAUGGUUCUCCCCAGCGUGGAUCUGAGACAGACAAGCGCAACACGCUGCUGGUCAGUAGAGUUGCAUGCUUUGCAGGACUUCGUCACAAGAGCAUCGGAUUCACUGGACCUUUGAGCAGACAUCUGCUUGCUUACACUUCGAUGGUUUCUGCAGUGCGCGGCAAUUUGCGCAAUGUGGUUGAGAUGAGUCUCUUCGGUUUGCUGGCCAAUCAUCACGUGGACCGCGAUAUGCGCCCUAGUGUGUUGGCUCAAAUAAGCUACAGCCUGCCUUUCUUGAACGACCUAGACUGCGCUCUCGGCAUUGCGGUCAAGUCGUAUCUGGAUGAGCUGUCUGCACAGAGCGAGCCCACUUCAGAGGCGUCGCGCCAGGCUGUCAAGACAAAGGGAGCCAACGAAUGGUUCCCACACGCUACCGACUUCCAGGGUGACUUGCAGAGGGCGUUCGCCUUGUGGGAUUCGGCAAGUCUACGCUGCCGUUGCAAGCGCCCCUGA